GCUGUGUCAGAUGCAAUGCCGAGUCUCGUUGUCGGGGAGCCUACCAGGACGUUAUGGAUCUUCACCACCGCUCACAAGUCCUGAAUCUGUCGAACUGGAUCAAACAUGAUAGCAUCAGGGCCUCUCGUCCCGCUCAUUGGCGGACUGCGGGGUAUGCUGUUGCUUCCUGUGCCGCUCUGUGAUGCAGUCUAAGCGUUAAGGAAGCUUCACAUUGGCUGUGUUGCGUAACAGCAUGCUCGGGAGUACAGACGCCGCUCAGGAAGUGCGCGCUUACCUGGUUGCAGUGUUUGUUGUUGCCGGCAGUGGCAGACAGGCGCGCUUCCCAAGACUACAUCACAAUCGCGGUGCCUCUGCUGCCGAAGACGCGCCUGUCGUUAAUACCGCAAGCGUGGCUGUUCAUCGCGCGAGGGGAUUUUGUGAUCGCGAGCGCUUCAUUGCAUGCUGUGGGCAGUUCAAGAUGUGGGGCGGGGCGCGGCCGCACGGCGCGUCGAGAUCGUUGGCGGAGCGCAGCUUCGCAGCUAUCGAUGGGGAAUCGUCGUUGCGCUGAUGUUGCUCGCGUUGCGUGGUACUGACCCAGGCGCGGCUGAGCUUGAC